GAUAUGACACGUGAGCAUUGAAGUGGCAAACCAGUAACCGGAAAACUCUAAAACCCUAACAAUAACCCCUGCCGCAUUAAACAACAACAACACAGUUCUCUCUCUCUCUCUCUCGCAAAAAAAUGGGAAUACCUUCAUUUUACAGAUGGCUUUUGGACAGGUACCCGCGGACGGUGGUGGACGCCAUCGAAGAAGAACCGCCGGACGCCACCAAGCCGAACCCAAACGGCAAGGAAUUCGACAACCUCUACCUCGACAUGAACGGCAUCGUCCAUCCCUGCUUCCACCCCGAAGGCCUGCCGCCUCCCAAAAGCUACGACGACAUUUUCGCCGCCGUCUUCAGCUACGUCGACCGCGUCUUCUCCAUCGUCAGGCCCCGCAAACUCCUCUUCCUAGCAAUCGAUGGUGUAGCGCCGCGAGCUAAGAUGAAUCAGCAACGUUCUAGGCGUUUUCGGGCAGCUAAGGAUGCAGCUGCUGAAGCUGCUUCAAGAGAGAAGACAUUUGAAUCUGAAGAAGAAAAGGCAGCGUAUUUGGAGCAGUGUAAGAAGAUGGACUCAAAUGUGAUCACACCCGGAACUGAAUUCAUGGCAUUGUUGUCAUCGGCUCUUCGUUAUUAUAUACAUUUGCGGAUGAAUAAAGAUCCUGGGUGGCGGGGAGUUAAGGUCAUUCUUUCUGAUGCCAAUGUUCCCGGUGAAGGGGAGCAUAAGAUAAUGUCUUACAUUCGAUUACAAAGAAAUCUUCCGGGAUAUGAUGUAAACACCAGGCAUUGUCUGUAUGGAUUGGAUGCGGAUCUUAUCAUGCUUGCACUAGCUACCCACGAAUUGCAUUUCUUUAUUCUGAGAGAGGAUGUCCGUGGAGCAAGAUCAAAUGAUAAACAUCAGCAAGAAAAUAUGAAAAAGUCAAAGGAAAUGGAAGUGGAGGGCGAAAAUCUUGAAGGUUUUAUCUCAAGGCAGAAAUUUCAGUUUCUCAACAUAUUGAUUCUCAGGGAGUAUUUACAACUUGACAUGACCAUCCGGGCAAAAAAGAAGUCCUCAAAAAAGUCCAUAUUUACCAAAAAAGGGAAGAAGAAGUUGAAAUUAGAACGCUUGAUUGAUGAUUUUGUCUUCAUGUGCUUGUUUGUUGGAAAUGACUUUCUUCCCCACAUUCCUUCAUUGGAAAUAUCUGAGGGGGCUAUCGAUCUGCUCAUGAUGGUUUACAAAAAGGAAUUUCGCAAAAUGGGAGGUUACCUCACAGAUUCUUUUAAGGUAAACUUGAAACGUGUGGAGCACUUUGUCCAGGUUUUGGCAUCUCAUGAAUGUGCAAUUUUUAGAAGACGACGCCAGAUGCAGAAGGAAAGAGGACUCCGCUAUCGACGAUUUUCAAAUAAGAAGAAUACCCGUUCUUCAAGUAACCUUAUAAGUCAAAAUCAUCGUAAUUCAAGUUCUGUUGAAACUCAAACACCAAUCAACUUGUCAUCCGUUGGCACAAAUGCAGUUGUGGAUGAGAUUAAGCUGGGGGAAACAAAGGGUUGGAAGGAAAGAUUUUAUGCUGAAAAGUUUGAGGUUGAAACUAAAGAUGUCGAGAAAAUUCGGAGACAUGCGGUUUCUAAAUAUAUUGAAGGGAUAUGUUGGGUCAUGCAUUACUACUACGAAGGAGUAUGCUCCUGGCAAUGGUUUUACCCAUAUCAUUAUGCCCCGUUUGCUUCAGACUUUAGUGGUGUUGAUCAAUUAAAAAUUGAAUUCACAUUAGGGAAACCUUUCAAGCCAUUUGAUCAGUUGUUGAGUGUAUUGCCUGCUGCAAGUGCACAUGCUCUUCCUUUGUUUUACAGGAAGCUGAUGACAGAUAUGUCAUCACCUUUAUCAGAUUUUUACCCUACUGAUUUUGAGCUUGAUAUGAAUGGGAAACACUUUUCUUGGCAGGCUGUUUGUAAGUUACCAUUUAUUGAUGAGUCACGCCUUCUUUCGGAGAUUUCAAAAGUGGAGCAUACAUUGACGGAUGAAGAAAGAUGCAGAAAUAGUUUCAGUCUGGAUGUACUGUUUGUUCAUGCUUCACAUCCUUUAACAGUGAAGAUACUUGCUUUCUGUCAGAGAAAAGCUGUUCAUCCAAAGUUUGCUGGCACUAAAGUUAAGCGAAAAAUUAAUCCAAAAUUCAGUGAUGGAAUGAAUGGGUACAUGUAUAUUUCCGAUAAGCCUGUGCAGCCUGUAGAAAUCCUUUCACCAAUUGAGGACAUGGAGAUUAUUUCUAAUAAUGAAGUAUUAUCAGUCUUCUUCAAAUGCCCACCAUUCCAUUCUCACAUCACUAGUAUAUCAAAAGGAGUAAAAGUGCCUCGCAUGUCUGUCAGGAAGAAGGACAUUUUACCUCCACCUGUUUUGUGGCAUAAGAAGUCAGCUGUCCUUGGACGCAUACAUUCUGAAAGGUCCAUCCCUAAGUCAAUCUCAGGUCAUCUUCUAGCAAAAUUAGCUCGUAAACUUCUAUCUAAAUGUUACCCUCCGAGAAAGAAGUGGGGGUCUAUGGAACUGGGUGACAACAUAGGUGUGGAUGGAUUCAUAUCCCGUUUGAAUUUGAUUGAUACUGUUCCACAGGGUGGGGCUGGAUUUUAUAAAAACUGCAUUUAUUGUGAUAAUGGAGCUCCAGAUGAACAAGUUGGUGAGACUGGAGCAAAUGGUUUGGAGUGUGGCAGAGUACCAAUUACAAAUCAUGUUAAUUGCGAAACACUGAUUCGAAGUUUGAAACCGAAACGGAGCAAAGCCAUACGUGCAAUGGAUUUGGAGCCAUCAAUUUUUGAGUUAGCUGCUGAAGCUGAAAAAAAUAGGGUUAAUCAUGAAGUCCCAUAUACACAUGUUGGUGAGACAGGCACAAAUAGAGUGGUAUGUGCACAAAAUUUGGAGCCAACAAUUUUUGAGUUAGUGGCUGCAACUGAUAAAAAUUGUGUUGAUGGAGUCCCAGAUAAUCAAGUUGGUGCGAAUGAGGCAAGUGGAUUGGUAUAUGCUAGUGGAGUUCCAGAUAAUUGUGUUGAUGUCAAAUCUAAAAAAAAGAAACGGAAACAGAGCAAAGCCGGAGGUGCACAGAAUUUGGGGCCAACAAGUUGUGAGGUAGGGACAGGAGCUGAAAAAAAUUGUGUUAAUCAUGAAGUCCCAGAUACACAUGUCGGUGAGACAGGCACAAAUAGAGUGGUAUGUGCACAGAAUUUGGAGCCAACAAUUUUUGAGUUAGCGGCUGCAGCUGAUAAAAAUUGUGUUGAUGGAGUCCCAGAUAAUCAUGUUGGUGCGAAUGAGGCAAAUGGAUUGGUAUGUGCUAGUGGAGUUCUAGAUAAUUGUGUUGAUGUCAAAUCUAAGAAAAAGAAACGGAAACGGAGCAAAGCCGGAGGUGCACAGAAUUUGGGGCCAACAAGUUGUGAGGUAGAUAUGGAAGCUGAAAAAAAUUGUGUUAAUCAUGAAGUCCCAGAUACACAUGUCGGUGAGACGGGCACAAAUAGAGUGGUAUGUGCACAGAAUUUGGAGCCAACAAUUUUUGAGUUAGCAGCUGCAGCUGAUAAAAAUUGUGUUGAUGGAGUCCCAGAUAAUCAAGAGAGGGAAGCUGAAGAAAAUUGUGUUAAUCAUGAAGUCCCAGAUACACAUGUCGGUGAGACAGGCACAAAUAGAGUGGUAUGUACACAGAAUUUGGAGCCAACAAUUUUUGACUUAGCGGCUGCAGCUGAUAAAAAUUGUGUUGAUGGAGUCCCAGAUAAUCAAGUUGGUGUGAAUGGGGAAAAUGGAUUGAUAUGUGCUAGUGGAGUUCCAGAUAAUUGUGUUGAUGUCGAACCUAAGAAAAAGAAACGGAAACGGAGCAAAGCUGGAGGUGCACAGAAUUUGGGGCCAACAAGUUGUGAGGUAGGGAUGGGAGCUGAAAAAAAUUGUGUUAAUGGAGUCCCAGAUAGUCAAGUAGGUGCGAAUGAGGCAAAUGGAUUGGUAUGUGCUAGUGGAGUUCUAGAUAAUUGUGUUGAUGUCAAACAGAGCAAAGCCGGAGGUGCACAGAAUUUGGGGCCAACAAGUUGCGAGGUAGGGAUGGGAGCUGAAAAAAAUUGUGUUAAUCAUGAAGUCCCAGAUACACAUGUCAGUGAGACAGGCACAAAUAGUGUGGUAUGUGCACAGAAUUUGGAGCCAACAAAUUUUGAAGUAGGGACUGCAGCUGAUAAAAAUUGUGUUGAUAACAGAGACCCAGAUAAGCAUGUGGGUGAGACUGGGGCAAAUGGAUUGGUACAUGCUAGUGGAGUUCCAGAUAAAAAUUGUGUUAAUGUUAAAUCUAAGAAAAGGAAACCGAAAGGGAGCAAAGUGAGAGGUGCACAGAAUUUGGAGCUAACAAUUUGUGAGGCAGGUACUGGAGCCAAUUUAAAUUGUGUUGAUAACCGAGUCCAAGAUAAGCAUGUUGGUGAUAGCGUAUCAAAUGGAUUGAUAUGUCCUAGUGGUGUUUUGGAUAAAAAUUGUGUUGAUGGAAAAUCUAAGAAAAAGAGACAGAAACGGUGCACAGUGGGGGGUGCAGAGAAUUUGGAGCCAGCAAUUUGCGAGUUAGAAACUGGAGCCAAUGAAAUUUUUGUUGAUAAUGGUCUCCAAGAUCACCAUGUUGGUGAGACUGGAGCAAAAGCAUUGGAAUAUUCUGACGGAGUCCAAAAUAACAAUGUUGGUGAGAAUGGAGCAAAUGUAUUGGCCUUUGGUUAAAAAUUGGAAGAAGUUUGAUGAGAGGUGUAGGAGAACUGAAUUGGAUAAGGAGCUGAGAUAAUAGGGUCCCAGAUAACCAUUUAGGUGCAGUUAGAUUGGCCUGCCAUUCGAAUAUGGAAUGGGACUUUGUGAAUGGGAUUGGUGGUGAAAAGAAAAGAAACAGCCGAGUUUGCUGAUUGGAGAACAAAAGUGGGGGUGGAAAAUUAGUCAGAAACUGCCAUGAUAAUGGAGUCCCGGAUUGCCAAGGCAAGAGAUAGUAGAUAGGACUGAAGUUCGGAGAGAGAGGGAGAGAGAGAGAGAGAGAGAGAGAGAAGAUUAAGAUCCAGAUAAUGUGUUUUGUGGCACAGCUAUUCGGGAGCCAAACUUGUAUUACGACAUUUUUGGUGUCCUGUACAAUUUUGCUGCAGGGAGUAAUAAAUCAUACUGUUUUAAACAUUAUAAUGUUGUGGACUUAUGGGUGUCAUGUACAAUUUUGCACCUAAUUUAAUUAUAAUUAUUUGAUAAACAAAUACCCACAGCUUCAUGUUA